AUGAAGCUGCUUCACAUGCUCGUGAUGGCAUCUGCCGCCACCGCCCACACAAUGUUCACGACGCUCUACGUUGACGGUAAGAAUCAGGGCGACGGGACGUGCGUCCGGAUGCCCAUGAACGGCGCUACCGGUACCGCGCCCAUCUAUCCCAUCACCGGCGAUGCCAUGGCCUGUGGCUAUGGUGGCCGCGACCCCGUCCCCUUUGUCUGCCCGGCCGCCUCAGGCGCCAAGCUCACGUUCGAGUUUCGCCUGUGGCCCAACGCGCAGCACCCCGGCGCGCUCGACGUGGGCCACAAGGGGCCCUGCGCCGUGUACCUGAAGCGCGUUGACGACAUGUUCUCGGAGCCGGCGGCCGGCGACGGCUGGUUCAAGAUUUGGGACGAUGGCUACGACAACAAGACCCAGGAGUGGUGCUCGGAUCGUCUGAUCAGCCACGAUGGCCUACUCUCCGUGCGCCUGCCCACGGGGCUGGCACCUGGGUACUAUCUCGUGCGGCCCGAGAUUCUGGCGCUGCAUUUCGCGUAUAAAGGUGAUCCGCAGUUUUACCUCGGCUGCGCGCAAAUAUUCGUGCAGGGCGGCCCGGCAGGCGCCUCCGUCCCCAAGGAAAAGAUGGUAUCGAUUCCGGGCUACGUCAACGCCGACACGCCAGGUCUGGGCUUCAAUAUCCACAAAGACGUGAUCCCCGCGUAUCCAAUGCUCGGACCCAGCGUCUACGCGCCCUCCUCUUCUUCCUCUUCUUCCUCAUCAUCGGCCAAGUCGCUCAAACAAGCGACGCUGUCCAAAGGCGCCGUACCGCAGAAUUGUCUCUUGAAAAACGCCAACUGGUGCGCGCAGGAGGUGGCGCCGUACACCGACAUGACGGGCUGCUGGGCGUCCGUCAAAGAUUGUUACGACCAGAGCAAGAGCUGCUGGGACUCGGCGCCGGCGAGCGGCUCGGCCAACUGCUACACCUGGAGCGACUACUGCACGGCCAUGAACGACGCGUGCGAGAGGAAGGAGUGGCGCGGCCCGCCGGCGUUUGACGGCAAGGAAAAGUACGCGACGAAGCCGAAAGCAAUCCCGGAGCCGUGGAACGUCAAGGGCGGCCCCAACGAAAAGGCGAGCAAGGGGGGCAAGGAGGAGGCGGCGACGACGAUGACGACGGUGGUGCGCAGCUCGACGGCGCAGAGUGCCAAAGGGACAGAGACGCCAGCCGUGAGCACCAAGUGCCAGAGGGGCUAA